UAUUCUGUGCCUAUAAGUCUAAGACACUCUAUGAUCUGGUCACGCUGGUUUUGAGGUUAAAUUACAAUCAACGACUUUUGAUGAAGAUACCUUAGUUUAGUUGUAUUACGUAGAACCAAGAAUGCAUGGUUUAAGAACGACCAGGAAGUAAAAUGGAAUCUGCAAAACAUUAUAUCGAAGAGAAAACAAAUAUUUCAUUCACUGAUUCUAUUCAAGUUGUCAAACAAGAAGGGAGUUUUAAAAUAUGUAAAGCUGAGAAUGAAGAUCUGGAUGCUGUCAAAGAGUUUCAUGAUGAAAGUGAAAUUUAUAAGGGAGAAGCAGUCACAGCCAAAAUUGAAACUGCAGAUUUAGAUGUUGUUGAUGAAUUUAGAGAUGAAAGAGAAAUUUAUAACAGAGAAACAUUUUUAGCCAAAACUGAGAGUUAUGCUAAUUCCAAUGACUCAUCUGAACAAAAUGUUUUCCACUCCAAGGAAAUACAGGAAAACAUUGAGAAUACAAAAAAUUUUCAAUUACCACCAAAACAAAUGAUUGAUUCACAGCAAGAAGAUUGUCACCUUUGUGAGUUUUCUUCUAAAAAUAAAUAUGAACUUGAUUAUCAUAUACGUAUUGUUCAUUUGAAAUGGAAGCCAUAUAAGUGUAAUAAGUGUGAUUAUACCACAAAGCUUGUAUGUAGUCUACAAACACAUAUAGAUUCAGUUCAUUCCAACUUGAAGAAACAUAAAUGCCAUUUGUGUGAUUAUGCUUCAAACCGAACAUAUGAUCUCAAAAAUCAUGUGAAUUUUGUUCAUUUAAAUUCAAGUCCUCAUAAAUGUCAAUUAUGUGAUUUCACUUCUAUUAGUAAGUUUAAUCUCAAGACUCAUAUAGAUUCUGUUCAUAUAAAUUUGAAACGAUAUAAAUGUGAUUCAUGUGAUUAUGCUACAAAUUAUAAACAUAUCUUAAAAACUCAUGUGAAUUCCGUUCAUUUGAAUUCGAAGCCUCAUAAAUGUCAUUUAUGUGAUGUCACUUAUAUUCGAAAGUUCAAUCUCAAAUUACAUAUAGAUUCUGUUCAUUUAAAUUUCAAACAACAUAAAUGUGAUUCAUGUGAUUAUGCUACAAAUAAGAAAUCUGACCUCAAAUUACAUAUAGAUUCCGUUCAUUUAAAUUUGAAACAACAUAAAUGUGAUUCAUGUGAUUAUGCUGCAAAUAAGAAAUCUCACCUCAAAUCGCAUAUAGAUUUCGUUCAUUUAAACUUGAAGCAACAUAAAUGUGAUUCAUGUGAUUAUGCUACAAAUAAGAAAUCUCACCUCAAAUCGCAUAUAGAUUCCGUUCAUUUAAAUUUGAAACAACAUAAAUGUGAUUCAUGUGAUUUUGCUACAAAUAAGAAAUCUCACCUCAAAUCGCAUAUAGAUUCCGUUCAUUUAAAUUUGAAACAACAUGAAUGUGAUUCAUGUGAUUAUGCUACAAAUAAUAAAUCUGACCUUAAAUCGCAUAUAGAUUCCGUUCAUUUAAAUUUGAAACAACAUAAAUGUGAUUCAUGUGAUUAUGCUACAAAUAAGAAAUCUGGCCUCAAAUUACAUAUAGAUUCCGUUCAUUUAAAUUUGAAACAACAUAAAUGUGAUUCAUGUGAUUAUGCUACAAAUAAGAAAUUUCACCUCAAAUUACAUAUAGAUUCCGUUCAUUUAAAUUUGAAACAACAUAAAUGUGAUUCAUGUGAUUAUGCUACAAAUAAGAAAUCUGGCCUCAAAUUACAUAUAGAUUCCGUUCAUUCAAAUUUGAAACAACAUAAAUGUGAUUCAUGUGAUUACGUUACAAAUAAGAAAUCUGACCUUAAAUCGCAUAUAGAUUCCGUUCAUUCAAAUUUGACACGUCAUAAAUGUGAUUCAUGUGAUUACUUUACAAAUAAGAAAUCUGACCUUCAAUUGCACAUAAAUUCCGUUCAUUCAAUUUGACACGUCAUAAAUGCGAUUCAUGUGAUUACUUCACAAAUAAAAAAUCUGACCUUUAAUUGCAUAUAGAUUCCGUUCAUUUAAAUUUGACACGCCAUAAAUGUAAUUCAUGUGACUAUGCUACAAAUAAGAAGUCGUACCUCAAGUUGCACAUAGAUUCCAUUCAUUUAAAUUUGGAACAACAUAAAUGUGAUAUUUGUCAUUAUGCUACAAAUCAGAAAUCUAUCCUCCAGUCACAUGUAAAAUCUAUUCAUUUGAAUGAAUUUAUGUGAUUACUUUUCUGAUCAAAAGCUUAAUCUCGGAUCUCAUAUAAAUUAGAAAAAUCCUAAAAGUGAUUCAUGUUAUUAUGCUACAAAUAAGAACUCCCACCUCAAAUUUCAUAUAGAUUCUGUUCAUUCAAAAUUGAAACAAUAUUAAUUGGAUAUUUGUAUGUAUGGUUCAAAUCAGAAAUGGGUCAUCAAAAAAGUAUAGAUUCUGUUUUAAAUAUAAAGCCAAUAAAAAUAAAGUGUCAUUUAUGUGAUUUCGCUUGUAAUAGAAAGGACAGUCUCCAAUCACAUAUAGACCAUAUUCAUUUAUAAUUUAAGCUAUGUAAAUGUGAUUUGUUUGAUUAUGCUACAAAUAAGAAACCUCUCAUGAAAACAUAUGUAAAUCAUGUUUCUUUUAAUUCAUAGCCAGUUAUAUGUCAUUUAUUAAAUUCUGUUCAUUCAAAAUUAAAAAAACAUAAUGAUGGUAUAGUGCACAUUUUUGCUGAGUGCGAAAAACUUGUUCUGAGAAGAACGACUUUUAAGGCUUGUCAUCAUCAAUCAAUUAAAGUUACGACUUCAGAAUUUCAAAAGUGACAUAUUGUUUCUAGAUAUUACUUACAUUACCUCCAAAAUAUGAAUAUGAAAAAUAAAUUCCGAAAAUUUGAAUUAUAUCUGAUUAUGCACUUAACACAGAUGUGCGCUACGCCAUCGAUAAAUGUGAUUAUGUACAUGUAAAUUCUAUUCAUUUGGAUUUAUCCCGAAAUAAAUGUCAUUUUUGUGA